AUGGCCUUUCAGCCAGCAUAUCCUCUUCUGCAGGGGUUUUCUGCUAAUCGAAGUGGUGGCAAACUCGUGUUUACUGGUCCAGGACCUGUGGAACUACAUGCUCAUUACAUUCUGAUAUCUGAUGGAGGAGAGCUCCGGGUGGGAUCUUCCACAGCCCGUUUCCAUCACAGAGCACGCAUCUAUCUCUAUGGAAGCCUCCACUCCCCACCACUGUUUCCAUAUGGGGCCAAGUUCCUGGCAGUGAGAAAUGGGACCCUUUCCAUCCAUGGCUGGGUGCCCAAAGUCACUUUCACAUACUUGAAGUCAUCAGCUCUUGCUAACGACUUACGAUUAGUGCUCCAGAAACCUGUUGAUUGGGAACCUGGUGAUGAAAUUGUGGUGGGAAGGACAGGUCUUGGAGAUGCACAGCAGCAAGAAGAAGUGGCCAUUAUUGAGUCUAUCAAUAACACUGAGCUCUACCUUAGGUCACCACUCAGGUACUCCCACAACGUUGGAGAGGAAAGAGUGAAUGGCCAGAGCCUGCCUUUGACUGCUGUGGUGGCACUGCUUAGCAGAAGGGUUGUUGUUCAAGGGAAUGUCACGAAGGAGAGGAUCUCCCACGUCAGAGAGUGUGCAGAAGCAGGUGGCACAAGAGGUGGCUCCAGGUGUCUGUACAAGCGAAGUGAGAGGCAGCUGGGGUCUCGGGACCUGGGAGCUGUUGUCAUUGUGGAAGCCUUCCAGGGAGCAACGAGUCAGCUGCAAGUGGAGGGGGUCCAGUUCUACCACAUGGGCCAAGCAUUUUGGCAGCAACGCAGUGCCCUUACAGUUGCUGGCAAUGCACAGAUGGCAGACUCUUACAUACAUGGUUGCUGUUUUUUGGACUCCUUUGGCCAAGGGCUCCAUCUGACUGGGAUCUCAAACCUUAGUGUAGACAGUAAUGUCUUCUUUAACAUUUCAGGACAUGGGCUUCUACUGGGAAGUGGCCUGGAGAAGGGGAACAGAAUCAGAAACAACAUAGUGAUUGGCCUUUCUGCAACGGAUGGUUUAUCCAACAUUGAGACUCUGUCACCAGCAGGGAUCUACAUCAGAGCUCCUGCCAACCACAUUGAGGGUAACACCGUGUGUGCUGCUGGAUAUGGGUAUUUCUUUCAUCUCUCUCCUGAGGGACCAUCCAAAAUGCCUCUCCUGUCCUUCAGUGAGAACACAGCCCACUCCUGCACCAGGCAUGGGUUGCUUGUCUACCCAGAAUAUUUGCCAGACAGCCCAAACGGCCCCGUUCAGUUUGACAGCUUCACAGUUUGGAGCAGCCAAGGUGGAGCCCAGAUUUUCAGUAGCAGCAACCUCAAACUCCAAAAUUUCCGAAUCUAUGCUUGCACGGAUUUUGGCAUUGACAUCAUGGAAAGCCUGGGAAACACAGCUGUAGCUAAUAGUGUUUUAGUUGGACACAUUGGGCAAAAGGAUAACACCUGCAUGUCAGCAGGACUGAAAACUCCCAAAAGAUUCCAGCUAUUCAUCUCCAACACAGCUUUUAGAAACUUUGAUAUGAGCACUUGCACAGCUAUCAGGACCUGCUCGGGCUGUUACCAAGGGCAGGGUGGGUUUACAGUGAGCCUUGAACAUCUGACGUUCACCAACUCACCCUUCCAAGUGUCCUUCCCCUUUCCACAUGCUGCCAUUCUUGAGGAUCUUGAUGGCUCUGUCACUGGGAAGGAAGGAAGUCGUAUUCUCCCUUUUACAGACAUCCUUGUGGCUUCCUGCACAACCAGUGCCAAUUUCAGCCAAGCUUUGGGUGGCAGUGUAUGCAGCAAGGACCUUGUUUUCCACCGUAUGUCUCUUUACUUAAGAGAGGCUCCAGAGACUCCCUACAAUUUAACUGUGAUUGACAGUAGGAAUAAGACAACCACAGUCAAUUAUGUCCCUGACACUCUCUCAGACCUGCAUGGCUGGAUGUGUCUGCUCCUGGAUAAAGAGACCUACACACUGACAUUUGACAGCCCUUCGGUCAUCAAGCAGCUCCAGUAUUCAGUCACAUUUAGCAACUUCACAACUGGAAAUUACUUGCUGGUGGAACACAAGGAUCUUCCUGCCCAGCCUGAGGUUGUGGUGUCCUGUGGGAAAAGGACUGGACAGCCACUCCAAUCUCUGCCUUCCUAUGGUCAUCACAGGAGCUGUGACUGGUAUCUCGACAGCACACUGAGGAAGCUAACCUACUUGGUCACAGGAGCUGACUUAAUUCAGCUGGAGCUGAAAGAGAAGGAAGGAGCCCCUUCACCUACAUCAGAUCCUUCUGAUUCUGUUUUGAAAUGGUCGCACCCAGAGACAUGGAAGGAUGUGGAAAAAGGCUGGGGUGGAUUCAACUGCAGCAUCCCAGGUCCAGGAGAAGAUGUCAUCAUCUUACCCAACCGGACCAUCCUGGUGGACACAGAUCUUCCUCCUCUAAGAGGUCUCUACAUCCUUGGGACUCUUGAGUUCCCCACCAACUCCAGCAAUGUCCUGAGUGCAGCCUGUAUUGUGGUUGUGGGAGGUACACUGAACGUGGGUUCUUUUCAACAUCCUCUAGAAAGGGAUUCAAAGCUACUGAUCCUUCUUCGGGCAUCUGAAGGGAUUUACUGUGAUCAUCUGGAGGAAAUAAAUGUCCACCCAGGGAGUAUUGGGGUUUAUGGGAAGGUGCAAAUUUAUAGCUCUUAUCCUGGGAAGUCUUGGACACAUCUUGGAGCUAGUGUUGCUCCUGGCAAUGAAAGGAUUUUGGUGGAGGAUGAAGUGGACUGGAGGCCUGAGGGAGAUCUUGUGAUCAGCUCUUCCUCCUAUGAAGCCCACCAAGCUGAACUAGUUACACUUAAAGAAGUCAGUGGUCAUAUUAUAACACUCCAUGAACGCCUUAUCCACAGGCAUGUUGGGCAUCCCCAUGACAUAGAAGAUGGUAGAAGCAUCCCUUUGUCUGCAGAAGUUGGACUCCUAACACGGAAUAUACAGAUCAAGUCUGAUGUGCCUUGCACUGGGAAGAUACUGGUGGGACAUUUUACGGAUUCCAGUGGGAGAGAGUUUGAAGGUGUCCUUCAACUCUUAAAUAUUGAAUUUUUGAACGUUGGGCCUCCUCAACUUUCUGCUAUUGAAUUCAGGAAUGUAACUCAACGGUCCUCAGUGGUGUCAUCCACCAUUCAUGGUAGCUGUGGAGUUGGCAUUAAAGCAGUCAUGAGCAAUGGGAUCUGCUUGCAUGAUAAUAUAGUGUUCAACACGGUCGGACCUGGCAUUGAUUUGGAAGGGAAAAACCAUUCUCUCAUCAGGAACCUCGUUAUUCUAAGCAGGCAGCCAGAGGGUUUAUUAAACUGGGUUGCUGGCAUCAAGGUGAAUCUUGUCAUUGGUGUCUCCCUCUAUGGCAAUGUUGUGGCAGGAUCUGAGAGGAUUGGAUUUCAUAUUAGAGGCCAAGAGUGUUUGCUGGAUGUUGAUUAUUGCAGUGAAAAUGUGGCCCAUUCAAAUCUCCACGGUAUUCAUCUGUACAGGGGAGAUGGAUUUCAGACCUGCACUAGAAUAACAGGCUUUCUGUCUUACAAGAAUUAUGACUAUGGUUUGAUGUUCCACCUUGGAAGCAGCGUCAUCAUAGACAGUGUGGUGCUGGUGGACAACACUGUGGGUCUCAUGCCAGUAAUACACUGUCUGUAUGCCAAGCAGUGCUACACGGGGAAAAGACUCCUUGAACUUAGAAACUCUACCAUUGUUGCAACAAGCUCAACUUUUGACUGCAUCAGAGACAGGAUCAAACCUCAAGCAGCUGACCUAACUUCCAGGCAUCGACCACCAUACUACCUUCAAAGAGGCCGUGCUGGGAUUUUAUGGCCUAAAUUUACCACUGUGACCAGCCAGAGGCCAGAUAGCCCAUGGCACAGAAUUGUCCGCUGUCCAAAAGUGCUAGGACUCAUGAAGCUGAAAGACGUCACAUUUACUGGUUUUACAAAGAGCUGCCACGGCGAAGACAGGGAUGUCUGCAUCAUGUCAGAUACUGACCAUUCAGGCAUCAUGCCUCUGAUCACAUCAGAGAGAUCGAGGAUGUUACGUGUCAAUGAAAAGGAUGAGUUCUACUUUCAUGCAGCAAGCUCUGAAGACACUACAUUCCCUGAAAAGAGCUGUGAAGGCUCAAGAAAGGCCCUUGUCAAGGAUUUGGAUGGAAAUCUCCUGGACCUAGAACCACCUGUUUCUGUUUUCCCAAAGUCAGAAUUUGAAUGGACAAGGUUCUACUUGCAAUCUGGUGUCUCAUCUUUAGCUUUCUCUGUUAGUGUUUUUGGGUCAUAG